AUGCUCCAAACAAGUCUUAUCCCAACAGGCCACGCCGAUCUCGUCACUCAUGCCGCGUACGACUUCUACGGCGAGAAGUUGGCGACGUGCUCGGCCGAUCACAAGAUCAAGAUCUUCAGCAAGUUGCCAGACGGGACAUGGGAGCUAGAGACGGAGUGGAAGGCACACGACGCACCAAUCCUACAACUCUCCUUCGCGCAUCCGAUCCACGGCGUGCUCUUGGCUUCGUGCAGUCACGACCGUACUGUACGAAUCUGGGAGGAGCAGCUCGCGCCGGCGGGAUCCGGCGCGCCGCCAAAGUGGGUCGAGCGUGGUAUACUCUCUGGCGCAAAGGGGAGCGUGCGGUCUGUCGAGUUCGCCCCGCCCAACCCGGCAUAUGGAUUGCGCGUGGCGAGCAUAUCGACGGAUAGUCAUCUGCGGGUGCACACCUCUCUUGAUCCCGACCUGAAUGACUGGUCCCUCGCACAUGACGUGCACGUCCCGUCCCUCACGAGUGAGGACGUGCCGGAGACACAGGGCGCAACGCCCGCAGAGACCGCGACUGGCGGAUGGGCGCUGUCGUGGUGCAAGGAGAAGUGGUGGGGCAGCGUUAUCGCUGUGUUUGCUGGCAACUCACCUGUCGCGCGGAUUAUCCAGCUUGACGACACGCCGACCGCGCUCCUCAACCUCCGCCCGCCGGGCGUGAGCCCUCUCACAGCCAUUGCGUGGGCGCCAUCCUGCGGGCGUAGUUACCACCUCAUUGCCACUGGUGCGCGGGAUGGCACGGUGCGUAUUUGGCGCGCGGAACCGCCCUCAGAUGACGACGAUGGCGCAAAGAGCUGGUCGGCCGAGACGGUCGCCGAAUUCCCGAAGGGUGCGCGAGUCGGCAUGGUCGAGUGGAACGCGACUGGCACGACGCUUACGACGUCGGACGACGAGGGUGUCAUCCGCAUCUACAAGCCGACGUAUGCCAAGAACUGGAAGCUCCUCGGCAAGAUGACGGCGGAGGAGCCUCCAGCCGAGGAGUAG